GUCUGUGGACAUUAUUACUGCUCCUAAAUUCUGUCUUGGCCAUGUCUGACAGAAAUGUGGAUCGCAGUCAAUCCGUAGUGACAAGUCAACCGGACAAGCUGACCCUGAGUCCAGCUAACGAGCUGAACGACGACGACGAUGAAGAUUACUACAGCGAUAAUGAACAAAGUGAUUCAAUCGACAAAGAUUAUGCGGCGUCUAAAUACAAAUACAGCAAUUGGAUCAGGAUAACCCCCACACCAUCGCCAUCUUCAUCUCCAUCCUCAUCCCCAACGUCAUCAUCAGAAACAAUGCAGCAUUUGAAGCGCGUGCCACGCCAUCCUCACCAUUUCUUGAACGAUAAUCGCGUGUAUGGCGACGCCGCCUUUGAUGAGGAGGGCUAUCAAUCGGAUCAGGCUGUCGGCGCUCUGACCGCCCAGAAGCAACAGGAAGUGGGCACCCCGGACAUGGUGCAAAUAAGUCGCCGUCUUUACCAGGAACGCAUCAAGAAUCAAACGCAAUUGAGACACAUGGCAACAUCGCAUCGCCAACGGAUUGAGAACGAGGCACGUUGCAAGUGGCCACAGCCGCGUGUCAUCCACAUGAACAAUGAGACGUCCAAACAAUAUGCGCCACGUGCAACAAUUCUGCAUCGUUGCGAUGAGACAACCGGCUGCUGUCCCGACUCAAUGGUGUGCACGGUGAAGACCAAGGCGACGGUGGAGCUGCCCUUUUGGGUAUUGGCCACGGGCAGUGUGCGUGCCCAGGCCCAGAUGGUACCGCUAACCAAUCACACCGAAUGCGAGUGCGUCAAUUUGGCAGCACAGCGUCGCAAGCGUAGCUACCAGUGUCUGUGCCCCAAGCACUUUACCAACUUUAGCAAUGUCACCUGGCAUCGCGGCGUCUUCUCCACAAGUUGCCGCUGCGAUUGCCACCUCAGCGAUGUGACGUGUCAGAGCAUGAAGAACGGCGAGGAGGGAUUCGCCAUGUCAGAGCGCAGGUGCAUCCUUCGCAACGAGUGCAGCCAGCCCAUUUGCAAUUUUGGCAUGUACAGUCCACACAGCGGACGUUGUCCGCGUCCUUCGCAGCAACAACAACAGCAGCGUCAACCGGGAUUCGGUUAAUCAGGAUGGCUACAUCCGGUUUCAGAUCGAAGCUGCUGCCAUUUAAAACAUAGCAAUCCAGAACUGUGCAUACAUUUAACUAUUACAUACAUAAACACACACACAUACACACAUAUAUACUACCUACAGGCAUACAACAUUAAAGCAAUAAGCAUUAUUCACUGUGCGGUACAGUUGGCAAAUCAUGUAAUGAGAAGCAAUGUUUGCUUUAAAUUUAUUAAAGUUACUACGAGAGAUUAUUAAUUAUAGAAUUUAAAGUUUGCAAAUCAUAAAAUUGAAAACAAAAUAAAAAUUUCAACGUAUUUCAAUACAACUAUUUAAAAAUCAUUGUUAUUAAAUAGUAAAUAUAUUUAAUUAUUAGUUUUAACUACUAAAGUGUACAGAACAACUUUCAUUUAAUAUUAUUUCCCCAUAUAAAUUUUAAACUAUGAAAAACAGUUUUUGUUUAAUUUUUUAGAAAUUCAUAAAAUGUUGCUUCUAGAAUCAUGAUUUGCUUUUGUAUCAGUUAGGAUAGUGUUGUCUCUUAUUUCAAACUGAUGAAAGCCCCUACAGGGUUCACACACAGAGUGAAAUUAUUCGUUUUCGAAUGCCGAGCAAAAAGUAUUGAACUAACUAACAUUCAAUUGUACUUAAGUUUCGUGUAUAAGCUUCAACUAUAAACUAUACUUACUAUAUAUUACGAUUAAACGAUACAGCUAGUCAGCGAUCGCA